AAUAUAAUUGUAAAGAUGCGAAUUACCGAAUGUGGCCUCUACAGUAAAGAGAGGCGUGAAUAUGAAGGGUGUGAAAAAAAUACACACAUGUUAUUGCUCAGCGAUUGCACGUGGUUACACGCGCCACUGUUUCGCUGUGGAAUCUCCCCUCCGCAGGCCUCUACCUUCUGUUGCUGCAACCUUCCUAUGCCUUCCUCCUGCCGCAUCGCCGUCGUCGGCGACGUCCAUGAUGAUUGGAGCUUCGAAGAGGAUACCAAAGCUCUGCAACUGUUGAAGGUUUAUUAUCUCGCUAUUACUUCUUUAUGUGAUCAAUUUAUCGUUUGUUUUAAUCUUUGUGUACUCUCUGGAUUUCUUCUUGUAAUAAGUGUUUCUGGGAAAUGCAGCCGGAUCUUGUGCUGUUCACAGGUGAUUUUGGCAAUGAGAAUGUUGAACUUGUUAAAAGUAUUUCAAAUGUUGAUUUUGCAAAAGCAGUCAUUUUGGGUAACCAUGAUGCCUGGAACACCCAGAAGUUCUCUGCAAGGAUGCCUGGAUGAAAUGCUUGCGAUUCUAAGAUGGGAAAAAGAUGCUGUUCAACUGCAGCUUGAAUGCCUUGGUGAUGAGCAUGUUGGCUACCGUCGUAUGGAUUUUUCAAAUCUGAAGUUGAGUGUAGUUGGUGGACGGCCGUUUUCUUGUGGUGGACCACAGGUGUUCCGGAAAAAACUUCUUACUGCUAGAUAUGGCAUACAUGAUAUGGAUGGAAGUGCGGAGCGGAUUUAUCAAGCUGCUGUAGGAACUCCUGCUGAUCAUUCAGUUAUAUUUCUUGCUCAUAAUGGGCCAACAGGCUUAGGUUCCAAUAUGGAUGAUAUAUGCGGAAAAGAUUGGAUACCUGGAGGUGGUGAUUUCGGUGACCCUGAUUUGGCACAUGCAAUAUCCCAACUAAAAGAGACCACCAAAUUGUCAAUCAAGCUGGUAGCGUUUGGUCACAUGCAUAAACAGCUCACCUCUGGAAAUGGUCUUCGGAAAAUGAUAGUGGUUGAGGAUGACAACAUCGUGUACCUCAAUGGAGCCAUUGUUCCAAGGGUUAAAACAAUUAGCAGCAAUGAACAAGGCGUUGCAUCAGGCACUCUACGAGCCUUCACUGUUGCUGACAUAUCAAAUGGGAACUUGGAGAAAAUCACCGAAACUUGGGUUUCAGUGAUCGGAGAUGACAUCAGAGUAGAGGAGGAGCUGGUAUUGUUUAGCAAAGGAGCGAGGCUGUAGGUACCUAGAAAGAGAUCUUGUGACACUAUCAUCUAUGACAUUCUUCAGUUUGUGUGAUUUGUGGUAUUAAAACAGGAGCUUUGAUUU